GUUGCAGUCGGAGGCGUUUUGUUGCUGCGCCGUUUCUAAGGGACUGGGAAGGAUGGAUGAUCAGGGCUGUCCUAGGUGUAAAACCACGAAAUAUCGCAACCCUUCUCUCAAACUGAUGGUGAAUGUGUGCGGACACACGCUGUGCGAGAGCUGUGUGGAACUGUUGUUUGUCAGAGGUUCUGGAAGCUGUCAGGAAUGUGGCACAGCACUCCGAAAGAACAACUUCAGAGUGCAACUCUUUGAAGAUCCAACAGUGGAUAAGGAGGUAGAGAUUCGAAAGAAAGUAUUAAAAAUAUACAACAAAAGAGAAGAAGACUUCCAUAGUCUAAAUGAAUAUAAUGACUUUCUUGAAGAGAUUGAAGACAUUGUUAAUAAUUUGACAAACAAUCUAGAUGUGGAAAACACCAGAAGAAAAAUGGAGCAAUAUCAGAAGGAUAACAAGGAUAUUAUUCACAAAAACAAGAUAAAACUGAACCGGGAGCAAGAAGACUUGGAGGAGACUUUAGAAUUUGAAAAGCAAGAGAAUGAUCGAAGACGAAUGCUUUUAUUGCAGGAAGAGCAAAUGCAGCAGUUAGCAAAAAAAAAGAAUAAACAAGCCCUCAUUGAUGAUCUGGAGAGUUCCCAGCUGCCCGCCAGUAUGCUCUUGGCUCAGCACAAGGACCGGGUUGUGCAAUUGGAAACGCAAUUAGAAACACAACGGAAAGUUAAAUCUGUCACAUUCUCAACUGGCAUCAAAAUGGGUCAGCAAAUAUCCUUGCAGCCUGUGCCAAAGAUUGAAGAGGCCUUGUAUAUGUACCAACCAUUACAGAUGGAGAUGUUUGGACCUGAUGUUCCAGAAUAUGAGCUGCUUGGAACACAAGGGUACCUGAACCAUGUGCGUACAGCCACACCCCAGGACCUUGCUGGCGGCUACACCUCUUCCCUUGCAUGUUACCGUGCUCUACAAGAUGCUUUUAAUGGUCUUUUCUGGCAGUCCAGCUAGUCUGGUAGAUGUGAAAUUUCAAAGAUAGCCAUUGGAUUGCUACCAGGAAUUUCAACUGCCUGACUUCCGUUAAAAGCCCACGAUCAGCCAUACCACAGCUGAAUGGAAAAUUGGCAUGCGGCCAAAUAAGUUGAACUUGGACAGCUGUUUGGAGACAGCAGGUGAUAAACUCGAAGAGAUUAGCAUUUUCUAUUUCCAAGGAGUGUGUGCAGAGAUCCUCUUACAGGAAGAAGGAGAUGCAGGCUAAAUACAGGUGGUUACAGAUGUGUAGGAACCAUUUGACAAAAAGGAUAUAACUACUGGUAACUAAAGAUUGAAGAACUAUUAGUAUUUCUCAAACAGCUAUUUUUGAAGCACAGUGAAUAAAUUUGUAUUGUGUAAAACUGAAUCUAAAUGUGUCCAGGCAAAUGUGAAAGUUUUCAUUUAUUUUGAAUAAAAUUUAUUGGUACCAUUAA